AUGGGGGAGCUGCGCGAGGUGGAGGGCAGCGCGCUGCGGCGGCUCCUGCGCCGCGAGCCGGACGGGCCGGGCCCUGGGCGCUGCCUGGUGCUGGACUGCCGGCCCUUCCUGGCCCACAGCGCCGGCUACAUCCGCGGCGCGCUCAACGUGCGCUGCAACAGCAUCGUGCGGCGCCGCGCCAAGGGCGCCGUCAGCCUGGAGCAGAUCCUGCCGGCCGAGGCCGAGGUGCGCGCCCGCCUGCGCUCCGGCCUCUACUCCGCCGUGGUGGUGUACGACGAGCGCAGCGCCCGCGCCGAGAGCCUGCGGGAGGACAGCACUGUCUGGCUGGUGGUGCGGGCGCUGCGCCGCGACACGGCGCGCACCGACAUCCGCCUGCUCAAAGGAGGUUACGAGAGGUUUUAUUCAGAGUACCCAGAAUUCUGUGCAAAAACAAAAUCCCUGAGCAGCAUUUCUCCACCGACCAGCAUGGAGCCAAUCGAACUGGGGUGCAGCUCCUGUGGGACCCCUCUGCAUGAUCAGGGAGGCCCAGUCGAAAUCCUUCCCUUCCUCUACCUUGGCAGUGCGUAUCACGCAGCCCGGAGGGACAUGCUGGACACACUGGGCAUCACAGCCCUCUUGAACGUCUCGUCAGACUGUCCCAAUCACUUCGAAGGACACUAUCAGUACAAGUGCAUCCCAGUGGAGGAUAACCACAAGGCCGACAUCAGCUCCUGGUUCAUGGAAGCAAUAGAGUAUAUAGACUUGGUGAAGGACUGCCAUGGCCGGGUACUGGUGCACUGCCAGGCUGGCAUCUCCCGCUCUGCCACCAUCUGCUUGGCCUACCUGAUGAUGAAGAAGCGCGUGAAGCUAGAGGAGGCCUUUGAGUUUGUCAAACAGCGCAGGAGCAUCAUCUCCCCCAACUUCAGUUUCAUGGGUCAGCUGCUGCAGUUUGAGUCCCAAGUAUUGGCGACCUCCUGUGCUGCCGAGGCUGCCAGCCCCUCGGGGACGCUGAGAGAACGGGGCAAGGCCUCCUCCACGCCAACCUCCCAGUUUGUGUUCAGCUUCCCGGUCUCCGUGGGCAUGCACACGACCCCCAGCAGCAUGCCCUACCUGCACAGCCCCAUCACCACCUCACCCAGCUGUUAGCGCCUGGCACUAACUAAGGCACUGGGGCAGUGCCUCCAGCACGAGGGAUGCUGACCUCACAGCUGCUGCCAGCCAUGAGACUGCAAUAACUGACUGGCAUCGCUAGCCAGCCCCGCCACUCUCACCUUGACACCGAGCAAUAACGGUUGGUCUGCCGCUGGCUUCAAGCUGCCUAUAGGGGUCCUUGUUUUCAUAGAGAAACUUCUUACCUCAUUUUUUUAUUUAUUUAUUUUUUGCUUUUAAAGCAGUAAGGCUUGAAGUUGUGAAUUCCACAAAUCCUGACAAUGUGUCUGACCAGUUUCGUUUUGGGGGAGAAAAUUA